UCCUCCUUCCCUCUCCCUCUGCGGUUCCUGCGGACCCGGCUGCGGAGACGUCGGAGACCCCGAGCUGCGGCGCCAGGUAUGCCCUCCUCUGUGAAGGCGUUGGGCCAGACCAGGCCCUCUGGAGCCAGCAUGGCCCCCCAGGCCCGCUGCUGCUCCCCUGCAGCCCUGCAGCGGCGGCUGCCCGUCCUGGCCUGGCUGCCAGACUAUUCUGUGGAGUGGCUGAAGAUGGAUUUCAUCGCCGGGCUCUCCGUCGGGCUCACGGUCAUCCCGCAGGCGCUGGCCUACGCCGAGGUGGCUGGCCUCCCGCCCCAGUACGGCCUCUACUCCGCCUUCAUGGGAUGCUUCGUGUAUUUCUUAUUGGGCACCUCCCGGGACGUGACACUGGGCCCGACGGCCAUCAUGUCCCUCCUGGUCUCCUUCUACACUUUCCACGAGCCUGCCUAUGCUGUGCUGCUGGCCUUCCUGUCCGGCUGCAUCCAGUUAGCCAUGGGCUUCCUGCGCUUGGGUUUUCUGCUGGACUUCAUCUCCUGCCCCGUCAUCAAAGGUUUCACGUCGGCUGCCACCAUCACCAUUGGCUUCGGGCAGAUCAAGAACCUGCUGGGUCUGCAGGGAACCCCCAGGCAGUUUUUCCUGCAGGUGUAUCACACCUUCCGCAGCAUCGGGGACACCAGGGUGGGCGACGCCGUGCUGGGGCUGGUCUGCAUGGUGCUGCUGCUGGUGCUGAAGCUGAUGCGGGACCACGUGCCCCCCGUCCAUCCCGAGAUGCCCCCGGGCGUGCGGCUCAGCCACGGGCUGGUCUGGACGGCCACAACAGCUCGCAAUGCGCUGGUGGUCUCCUUCGCCGCCCUGGUUGCGUACUCCUUCGAGGUGACGGGAUACCAGCCUUUUGUUCUAACCGGGCAGACGGCCGAGGGGCUCCCUCCAGUCCGCCUCCCGCCCUUCUCGGUGACCACGGCCAACGGGACCGUUUCCUUCAGCGAGCUGGUACAGGACAUGGGGGCUGGGCUGGCCGUGGUGCCCCUGAUGGGUCUCCUGGAGAGCAUCGCCGUGGCCAAGUCCUUCGCUUCUCAGAAUAAUUACCGCAUCGACGCCAACCAGGAGCUGCUGUCCAUCGGCCUGACCAACGUGCUGGGCUCCUUCGUCUCCUCCUACCCGGUCACAGGCAGCUUUGGGCGGACGGCUGUGAACGCGCAGUCGGGGGUGUGCACCCCAGCGGGGGGCCUGGUGACAGGAGUGCUGGUGCUGCUGUCGCUGGACUACCUGACCUCGCUGUUCUACUACAUCCCCAAGUCCGCCCUGGCCGCCGUCAUCAUCAUGGCCGUGGCCCCGCUGUUCGACACCGGGGUCUUCGGGACGCUCUGGCGUGUCAAGAGGCUGGACCUGCUGCCCCUCAGCGUGACCUUCCUGCUGUGCUUCUGGGAGGUGCAGUACGGCAUCCUGGCCGGGGCCCUGCUCUCCGCCCUGCUUCUCCUGCACUCCGUGGCCAGACCCAACAUGCAGGUGUCCGAGGGCCCGGUGCUGGUCCUGCAGCCGGCCAGCGGCCUGCACUUCCCAGCCAUCGAAGCCGUCCGGGAGGCGAUACUGAGCCGGGCUCUGGAAGUGUCGCCCCCGCGCUGCGCGGUGCUGGACUGUACCCACGUCUGCAGCAUCGACUACACCGUGGUGCUGGGGCUCGGGGACCUCCUGGGGGACUUCCACAGGCACGGCGUCACCCUCGCCUUCGUCGGCCUGCAGGUGCCCGUUCUCCGCGUCCUGCUGUCUGCCGGCCUGAAGGGCGUCCAGCACUUCUCCACGCUGGAAGACGCAGAGAAGUACCUGAGGCAGGAGCCAGGGACCCAGCCCUACAACAUCAGCGAAGGUUCUGUUCCGGAACACAAGGUGGCCCUGCUGAAGGCCUGAUUGGGGCGCUGAUGGGCGUCUGAUGCUUGGGGAGUGUGCAGAAAGUUCUAGAUGCUGUGAUGCCGGACGCCGCCCUGUGAGCACGCCGGGCUGAGGGCGCUGAGCAGGUGACCCCAGAAGGAGGAAGCCACACACCAGGACCCAUAGGUGCCUGUAUUUGGGGUGACUGAAGAUUCCCUCCCUUCUGCUCCUGGGCACGAACCUUUUCCUGAAGAGUGGUGUGAAGACCGCCUUCUGGAAUGACCGACCACAUGAGAAAGAAGGGGCGGGACUUCUGCCCGAUCCAGGGGAGGGGCCUUCGUGCCCCAUCACCUUCCUGGCUACAGGGGAGGUUGUGUGGGCAGGUCGGAGGUGGUUCUAGUCUCGGUGGUGGCGUCCAUGUUGUCGUCGGGGAGAAAACCAAGGUGUGCCGAACGACUUCAAAGUGUCUUGGUAAAAAUAAUUUUGUCGUUUGCUGUUUUUUAAAUUAAAAAUGUGACGGCUUUGGUGUUUUUGUAAAAAUCGUAAACGCUUCUCGUAAAAGCUGCCGGAAAUCGUCUCCUCCGUCCGCUCUGGGGUAGCUCAGACCCCGUCCCCACAGCCCGCGUGCGUGUCUGUCCAUAGUCAGCACGUGGGUUGUAUGUGACGGUCGGGCGCAGACGGGGUCCCCUCCCACACGGUGCUCUGUGACCCGUACCUUUGUGCAGUCCUUGCUGUGAACGACUCGUGUUAAUAAAUAGAAUCCGUGACUCCCA